AAUUUGGGAGCAUUUUCGCCUAAAGAUUGCGCAAAUUAACAGGCUGCAGAAUGCACUAACUUAUGCGCAAUCAGUUGACCAUUCUUCCUGGUGGAUUAUCGCACAUCACUCAUACGCAGCGUUGCCUUGCAUAUUAAUGUGCAACAGUAGCAGAGUCCUUUGAAUAUUUAAUUAUGCGAUUUGCGGUUACCCAUAAUUUGUUAUUUACCCGCUGUUUACAUGUUGGCACAGAUAAUGGCAAUUAAAACACUGUGCUACACAGUUGCGAGCAGUCGAUGAUGGAACCAGUUUCCCAGCUAUCCAGCCAUCCAUCCAUCUGCUCGCUUUUUGCACGCGCUUUCCACUUUUCACAGCGUCUGGCGUUUUUCGUAUACGUUUUCAUUUUCAUUUGCGGACCAUUUACUUUGGUAAUCCAGUAUAAGUAUGUGAUGCAAUUGCUGGCCAUAAAUGGUGCACGCUUCCUAGGCACACCGAAAUGCGUGAACAGCGUUUGGAUUCGAUGUGAACCAGUUGGCCAAAUGCCAAUGCCGAUUGCUCCUCGACGCCUCUUGCUCCUCAGCUCUUCAGCUCUUCAUGUCCAUGACGCUUCCGGUCAGCGGGUCCAGGUCCAAGUCCAGGUAGAGCCGAUCUAGUCCGGUUGCAGCCAAUUGUUAACCCAAUUCACGAGCGGAGUUCGGGGAUCACAUCUGCGAUGGGAGUAUAUAAGCGCCGCUAUCGCUUAACUUCGCAGACACAAAUCGCGCACAGCAGCAGCAGUUAAGUCGUAAUGGCCAGAUAUCAGAGUAGCACUAGCAUCGGGAUCCUUGUGGUCCUACUGAUCGAUCAGCUGGCCAGCGCCCAGUUCGUGCCGGGCCCGAUAUCUGGCCCCAUUCCCCGCCAGCAGAGAUCGCUCUUUGGGCCCGGUCCGCCGCCCGGCUGGAGUAGCGGUGGCCUCAGUCACGGCUGGAACAGUCCCAGCUUCGAGUUCAGCCCGCUGCCGCCAUCCCACAGUCCGCAUGUGACCAAGGACGAGCUGCUGGCCCUGCUGGCCGCCUGGAAGGAUGUGGCCAAGCCGACGACUCCAGCGCCAGAACCAGAGCCCGAAGAGCCCGAACCCGAGCCGGAGACCACCACCCCUGCGCCGCCCGAGGAUGAGGACGAACCAGAGCCAGAGGCGCCAGCACCAGAGGCACCAGCUGGUCCACCACCGGGCGUGCCCAUUACCGUCUCCCUGCCCGCCCUGGUGCCCAUUCAACUGGCGGCCAUGUGGCAACAGCCGGCGCCCGGAGCAGCGCCCGGCGGACUGGGUCCUCUGAAUCUGGGCGGCUUGGGUCUGGGCGGUGGCAUUGCCCUGAACAAUCUCGGCGGCGGUGCGGCCGCAGCCGGAGGAGCUGCAGCGGUCGGUGGCGGAGGAGCGGCGGCCGCUGGCGCUGCGGCAGCGGCACGAUCCGGACUGGCACGCCCCAGAGCUCGGGCCAGGAUCGGAGGACGUGCGUCCAAUGCCCAGCAGCCAGCCAUACGCUUCCCGGUGGCCAAUCCGCGCAGCUUCACCUCGAACAACUAUGUGGCGCCCAGGCCGCGCUACUAUCGCGAUACGGAGCCCAUGCGCAUCAACGUAAUGGCACCGCCGCCCUACCAAAUGGCCAAUGUCCAGGGUCCCGUGCAACUGGUGCCCGCCUACUGGCAAUAGUCCAAUAUCCAACUACCAAGUCUUACAGUCGUACUGCCACUUCUCUCUAAGCAAAACUGUACAAAGUUGUAUGUUCUAGUAUGAUAUGCCGUUAACAAGUCGUAUGUUUUUUUUUUGUGACUAUACCAAUAAAAUAU